AUGAACGUACCGAUCGUCGGUGUUGACGUGUAUCCGUUGGAUUUCUUCACAAACUGCGGCAAGAUUAGAUUUUCCUGCUGGGAUACUGCCGGCCACGAGGAGUUUUGUGGUCAAAGAAAUGGCUACUGCAAUGGUGGCCAAUGCGCCAUCAUCAUGUUUGAUGUUACUGCCAGGUUGACCUAUGUGAACGUCCCUACAUGGCAUCGCAUGCUCUACAGGGUCCAUGAGAACAUACUCAUUGUUCUGUGUGGAAACAAGGUGGAUGUGAAGAACAGGCAAGUUAAGGCGAAGCAGGUUACAUUCCACAGGAAGAAGAAUCUCCAAUACUAUGAGAUUUCUGCCCAAAGCUACUACAAUUUUGAGAAGCCUUUUCUCUAUCUCGCCAGAAAAUUUGCUGGGGACCCUAACCUUCACUUUGUGGAGUGUCCUGCUCUUGCUCCUCCAGAAGUACGCGUUGACUUGGCUGCCCACCAACAGCAUGAGGCGGAGCUUGCUCAAGCUGCUAGUCAGCCUCUUCCCGACGAUGAUGAUGCAUUAUAA